AUUUUUUUCUACACUAAUUUUUACUGAUUUACUGUAUUUUUUCUUAUACUAUUUUUUAGUAUUAUAUGAUUUACUUGAAUCAAGGAAAUUGAGGAAUUAGGUUUUGGUAUAUGUUUCAUCCAUGGCCGGAGCUUCCAAGGAACACCAUACCGGAGAUGGAGGAGGAGGAGGAAGCUCCAAUGGCGAUUUUGAGCCGUCAAUGGAUAAAUUUCCAGACCAUAUAAUAAGUCGUAUAUUGGAAAAAUUGGAUUUGGGAUCUCUUUGCACCGCCGCUUGUGUCUCUCCGACUUUCAAUUCCGCCGUCGCACAACUUCUCCCUUCUCUAUCGUCUCUCGAUCUUUCCGGAUUUUAUCUGGAUGAAGAGACUCUAAAACAUGUCGUGUGUACGGUCCAACGAGCCAAGAGUUUAACUAUUGAUUGCCUCCAAAUGAAGAAUGACACCUCCAUUUUCAAUAUUCUUGGUGAACAUAUUGAAGACUUGAGUUUGCUCAAAUGUUCCUCUCUGUCUUACCACAUUCUUAGUGCAAUUGGAGAAAGAUGCCCCAACUUAAGGUCCCUGCUUAUUGAAUUUGCCGGGUGUGAAGCACCACAAGUUUUCAAAAAGGAACUUACAGAAAUGCUCCAAAAGUUGUCCUUGUUAGAGUCGCUAUCCAUAAAAAUCCGAGGGAACUACUUUGAUAUAUUUGAUCUACGACCUCUUGAACUAUUUCUGCCCAAGAGUUUAAAAAAAUUGAAGUUACAGCAAACGGAGGGACAGGAAUUUGUCCAUUGGUUAGAUAAGAUCAGGGAUAUCCCUUGGUUCAACUUGCAAAGCUUAUCUCUUGUCUUGGACGUUAUAUCAGAUAAUCUUCUCAUGACAGUUGUGUAUUCUCUUCCUCUUUUGGUAGAGCUGGAUCUUGAAGACAGACCUUUUAUGGAUCCACCGCUACUGGACUUGACCAACAUUGGACUACAGUCUCUGCAGUUCUGCAAGCUCCUAAUUACCCUCGCAAUUGUUCGAAGUAGUAUGAAUUGUCCCACUUCAUUUAAGAGAGUGGACAAUAUGGGCAUGUUCCUUCUUUCUGAGGGUUGUCGAAGGUUGGAAUCAGUGAAACUUGGUGGGUUCGCAAAGGUUACUGAAGCUGGGUUUUCGUCAGUUCUGUACUCAUGCCGGGAUCUGAAGAAAUUUGAAGUGUUGACUUCGCCUUUAUUAUCAGACUUGGCGUUUCAUAAUAUGAUAGGAGUUGCAAGGUCCUUAAUUGAAUUAAGGUUGUUAUCGUGCAGGCUUCUAACUAGUGAAGCUUUGGAGGAUUUGUCCUCAUUUAGUAAGUUGGAGGUACUUGACACAAGUGGGUGCAAAAGCAUUGCAGACCCCUGUCUCUUCUACAUAUCAAGUGUUACUACACUCACAAAACUAAACUUAGCAGAAGCUGAUAUCACUGAUAUGGGUCUUGCUUUGCUUGGUAUUGGAAACUUACCCAUUACACAGCUGUGCAUCAGAGGCUGUAAGAGAGUAACUGACAAGGGAAUUGAGCGUUUAUUUCGUGCUGAGGGGAAAAUUUGCAAGACGUUAUCAUUGUUGGAUGUCGGUCACAUUCCCGGAAUAACUGGUGCAGCUAUAUUUACCAUUGCAUCUGCUGCUAAAGCAUUAACUGAUUUAUGUCUAAGGUACUGCUUUCAUGUGACUGAUGCUGCAGUGAAGAGGUUGGUGGAUAGACCAAAUUACAAGGGUAGUCUACUGCAAAGACUUGAUCUUUUUAACUGUCGAAGUCUGUCUGGUGAUCUGAUAAUGCUAGUUAUGCACAAGUCUUCUUACCGUGGUUUGCGCUGGCUUGGUGUUGGAGGUACUCUGUUAGUCAAUAAAAGAAACGAUUUCUCCACAGUAUGCAAUGCACGACCCUGGCUGGUUGUGUGUUUUGAUGGCUGCGAAUUUGGGUGCCAUGAUGGUUGGCAAUUUCAUCGGACCAUUAUGAAUUAGUUAAUAGAAGGCGAUUUUUUGAAGAGGAAACUCUACAGAUCAAGAUGGACCCGCUCCAAGUUCCUUUUUACAUCUUAGUAUUAUCUCAAUUAGGUACCUCCAUAUUUGAGUGUGAUGCAUGUUGGAUUGCUUCCUAGGUUGCAGCAAUCACUCUUUUGUGUCUCUUUUUGUUCUGCUUAUUUUAGCCUUUUCCCCUAGUCUAGGAUUAUUGUGCUUUAUUUGCUCUCUAUUGUAAUGAAAUUGCAAUGAAUAAACACCUUGUUAGAAA